AUGCAACUCAUUAUCUCAAUCGUCGGUCUCCUCGCUUUCGGCUCUUAUGCCGCAGCAUAUCAAAAUAAUCAAGGAGUUUUAUAUUGCAAUAGUGGCUGGUCAAACAUUCAAACUAGCUGCCCUAAUAACAAGAAUUUAUACUGUUGUCUUCCACAGGGAAAAGUAGACGAGGCACUCAAUAUCCCUCGUACCGAAUGUGAAACCCCCAUUGGACUGGAAUUCACUUGUGGUGGCAGCAACAGCCCUGCUGCUGGUGGUGGCAAAUGCGUAAGACAACUUCCUGUCUUCGGUUAUAAUCUUAAAGGAAAAGAACUGAUUGGUAAUAGUGCCCGUGAUCGAACGACAUUAAACAAGAGCCUCGAAUACAUUGAAACUUGGUAG